AUGGCAGGUAAACUCGCGCCGCUCGCCCUCGUCGGCCUCGCCCUCGCCGUCCCCUACUUCAUCGGCUACUUUUCCUAUGCCAAUGGCCUCUUACCUCUUGUCCACGAAAUCUGGCACAAGGGCACCCUGCCCGACGGCACGCCGCUGCGCACCCACUGGACCGGCCUGCACAAGCUCGACGAGGUCGUCUCCAAGCUCGUCAUCUUCUUCUGGCCCGUCACCUCGUACGGCCAUCCGGCCUUGACUCUGCACUCCAUCGCCUUUGGCGGCACUUUUGCCGCCAGCUGGACGCUCGUCACCCUCGAAGCCUGGCGCGACGGCAGCGCCUGGACUCUUUCUAGCUUCACUGUAUUUCUUGGUCUCGUUGCGCAGACCCUCACCUGGGCCUUUGCCACGCCCGUCUACGGCUUCCUGCACCUCCUCACCAGCGCCUCCGCCUCCGUGCCGUCCCGCGCCAACAUGCACAUCCCCUACGCCGUGCUCCAGGCCCUGCCGCUCGUCUUCCUCGUCGGCAACGCCGUCCCCAGCCUCGCCAUGAUUCUCCCCCUCUCCCUCUCCUGGAACACCCCGGCCGUCAAGCAGCUCCUCAUCGCCGCCUGGCAGCCGUGGCCCGUCUACACGGCCUUUGGCCUGACCGCCGCGCACCUGCUCCUCGGCGGCGUCCUCACCGCCGGCGACAGCCCCUCGCCCGCCGGCCGCAAGAAGAGCGCGGCCGCCCUGCGCUUCAUCUACGCCAUUGCCUUUGCCAACGCCGCCGUGUCGCACCUCGUCGCCCUGACCGUGACCGUCGGCGCGGCCCUUGCGCCCGCCAUCUUUGACCCGGACUACGCCGUCUCUCUGCAUCCGACCAAGGUGCUCGAGACGAUCCUGCCCUGGGCCGCCAACCCCGUCGCGCAGAUUCAAACGCUCGGCGACGGCGCCACCAUCCUCCUCCGCUGGGACUACGUCCUCGGCACCACGUCGCUGCUGCUCUGGGCGAGCGUGCUCCACGCCCGCGCCUACAAGCACUACGAGGGCAAGUGCGUCGACGUGGUGUCGUUUCUGGCCAAGAUUGCCACGCUGUAUGUCGUGGUUGGUCCUGCUGGCGCCGCCGUCGAGCUCAUGUGGGAGCGUGAGGAGUUUGCGCUGCAGACCGAGGACAAGGCCCUCACUACCAAGAAGAAGAAUUAA